AUGUCCAUCAUACAAAGUUUCCCUGAAGCGGACGUCAUCUGGUGGAAUGCGAGCUCCUUCUAUAUUCGAUGCCCGUUGUGCGAAGGUGUCCAUCGCCGUGGCGUAGACUGGGAUGUGGGAAAGCUGCAAUAUUCACAUUGUGAGAUGGGCAGGUACCUUUGCUGCUUCCCUAUAAAUAGCCAAGGCGAGGUUGCGUAUGAGAUUGAUAAGAAACGAGGGCGAUAUAUUAAUAUUUGUGUAUCGCACGAAAGUGAUUCCGAGGAUGGGGAUGAUAUUGAUCAUCUGGCGGCUGAAUUGGCGCGGAAGGCUACGAUUGGAGCACAGAGGGAAGAAACAUAUACUGAUAUAUAUGAAGACGCGAAGGAAAUCGUUACCCUAGAUCCAGGACUUAAACAGAAGAGGAUCCGGCAGGCAAUCAGUGACUGUGUGAACGGAGACGUACCAGCGGUGCAGGAAUAUCUGGAGACAUCUCGUGAGUCCCAGCUGUUUGUUCAAGGGCGAGAUCCCGGUGGCAAGACAAUGCUUAUCUGCGCGUCGGCUGAGCAGAGCUCAGAGAUGGUGUCGCUCCUCAUCCAGCACGGAGCAGAUGUGGAUUCUGUGGACAACCAUGGAAGAAGUGCUCUCAUGGAGGCAGCACUCUUUGGUCGGGUUGACAACGUCAAGGUUCUCCUAGGGCACAAUGCAGACAAGAACCUUAGGGAUGACGAAAACCGCCUGGCUAUUGAUUUUGCCCGAGAACAUUACAAGAACCGACGGGAGGUAUAUCAGCGUCCGGGAGGCAAUCUGACGUCUUCGUCCAAGCAACGCCCACGUCAUACCAUGGAGGACACAUUCAAGAGGGAUAUUGACCGUCGAGAGAUUGUACGCCUCCUCGGCGGGGAGGAUCGAAAGUCAAGAAUUACCUAUGGGAGCCCUCCCACGUUAUCACUGUCCAGGUCGUACACUUUUACCCGCUCCCCGAUGAAGGACUCGUUCGAACUCCGCGGGCCGAUCGAAAAGUAUCCUGUCACUAGCAGUUGGAAAACAGUGGCACGGUUGGAACGAGGCGGGAAGUUCCCAUCUGUUAGCGCUAUGAGUGGAUGGUCGCAUACUUCAGUGCAGUCCCUCAGGGUCAAUGGUCAACAAUGGACGGACGAUGUCUUUUAUGUCUCGCAAGUCGUGGGCCAUCUUUUGCCUCCCGAUGCUGCCAAGGACCGGGGUAAAAAAGGUCGAUACAAUGCAUGCCACGCGGAAAAGCAGUUGAUAGCACACUUCAUUGAUCGCCAUGUUUUGCUUCCACGCGACGGCCUCUCAGACUCGGAGCUGGAGGGAGAUAUAGAGCAGGUAGAGGACGAACUUGACGUGUUCCUUUCAGACACUGAAACCGGACGCCAGGUGACGCUCCUCAGGGAGAGGCAAAAAAAUCUAGACCAUGAGCUAUUAGAUUGGGAUGGAAAGCUUGUCGGCAAGUAUGAUGAGACCAAGGCACUGAAGCUGAGGCUCAAAUCUGUCGUGACAGCGCUAAACCGUCUGAUUGCUACUCCUCAGGCCAGGCCACUUUUGAAGUUAGAAAGCCGUGUGGAUAUACUAAACCGGCGACGUCGCCGACACGCCGACCUUAUCAAUAUGGCCAACGCACCACCGCCAGCUUCAUUAACUGAGGCCGUCAUAUUGGUCAGCUCGUCUCCUUGUCCAGACUGCAUCGAGUUCACACGCAAGGUUAACGAGUCCUUUGGAUUGUCUAUACAGUUAUUUGCGGCACUUUAG